CUCCAAGGCUCUCUGCUGUGCAGCAGUGUGUCCUUGUGGAGGAUUCUGUGUGUGUGUGUGUGUGUGUGUGUGUGUGUGUGUGUGUGUGUGAGUUGAAUGAUGCAGCCAGUCGUACAGCGAAACAGUUUUCUCUGAAGGGGUCGGGAGGAAAACAGAUCAGUCAUGAAACAGUCGCUCCCCCUGGGCGAACGCGGGGCUGCGGCGCAUAGUCAUUUCAAGCCUCGAGUGCAGAGAGACGAUGAAAUCCAAUCUAGAUGUCAAGCAUGUGGCUGAAAGGUUAACAAGCUCUCCCUGCAGGAGAGGAGAGGACGUCCUGCUGGCACACACACUCCUCUAAACAAAGCGCACGAGCGAGCCCGGGCAACCGGAGAAGGCCUGUAGCGUACACCGCGGCGAGUGUAACGGCGAGUGCUCUCCCAGGAAGGAGGGCAGCAGAAUGCAGGUGGACCUGUCUCUCCACACACACAACGGGCAACAUUCCCAAAGUCCCACAUCUCCUGUCGCACAUAAGAUCAAACUGGAGGAAGGAACUGAAGAGGACACAGAGAGAAAAGCCAUAAGCCAAGAUGAGACGGCCCACAGCGGAGAAGACGGCUCGGUAUUAGAGGAUCACAUGAUUGACAGCCCGAGCAACCUACAGGACGGUGGGGGAGGAGUCGAGGCCCCGUCUGACUCUGCAAUACGACUGCCUAAUGGUGAUCGUCCGUUCCAGUGCAACCAGUGCGGUGUGUCCUUCACCCAAAAAGGAAACCUGCUGCGACACAUCAAGCUUCAUACAGGCGAGAAACCCUUUAAGUGCCCGUUCUGCAGCUACGCCUGCCGCCGCCGCGACGCCCUCACAGGGCACUUGCGCACACACUCCGUGGGUAAACCACACAAGUGUAACUACUGUGGGCGGAGCUACAAGCAGCGAACCUCAUUGGAGGAGCACAAAGAGAGGUGCCAUAAUUACCUGCAGAGCGGUGGCAUGGACUCCGUCCCCAAUCCGGGUCCGUAUGCGGCAGAGGUUCCUAAAGAUCCGAGACCUCUAGGAGAGGUUCCCAGCAUAGUGCCCUUCGAUCGGCCGCCUGUCAUCGAGAGACUGCAGGCCAACGUGGCCAAAAGGAAGAGCACCACACCACAGAAAUUUGUCGGAGAAAAGAUGCGCUACACCUACCCCGACCUGAACUUUGACGUUGGGCUGAAGUACGAGAAGGAAGCAGAGAUCAUGCAGGCCCACAUGAUGGACCAGGCCCUCAGUAACUCCAUCGCUUAUAUGAACCCCGACACUCUGCGUCCCAUAAUGUCUCACCCGCCGCUCAGCAUGCCCGAGGUGGUGCCCAUGGUGAACCCACUCUUCCACUCGGUGUACUCACUCGGCCCCCGCCUGGAGCGCCCAAACAGCCGUGAGUCUCUUCAUCUUCCCCACCAUCCGACUCACCAGCCGGAGUUUUCCACCCGGGCCAAUGGUGCCAUCGCCUUGGCACGGCCCAAAACCUCGCAGGCGCUGCGUGGGGAGGUGCACGACGCCCGCGACCGCUCCCCCAGCAACAGCGGCCACGAUUCGGCCGACUCGGCUCGCAGCAGCCCGCGAGACAAAGUCGCAAAUCAGCAGAACGCCCGGGCGGCGAUGGCACGACUGGACGAGAGCGCCCAUCAGCCCGGGAUCCGCGUGUUCGGGCCCGAAGGAAACGAGGUGCGGGUGUUCCAGUGCGAUCACUGCCGAGUCCUUUUUCUGGAUCACGUCAUGUACACCAUCCACAUGGGCUGCCACGGCUACAGAGACCCCCUCGAGUGUAACAUCUGCGGCCACUGCUGCAAAGAUCGCUACGAGUUCUCCUCGCACAUCGUCCGUGGAGUCCACACCUUUCGUUGAAGGGAUCCGCCAUCUCUCCAACACGGAUCCCAGAUACACAACGAAUACAUAUAUGAAGGUUUAGGUCCUGCAGGUUUUUUUGUUUGUUGUUUUUUUUUUUUUUUUGAAGGCGAAAUAUAUAUGGGAAAGGGUUUUUUUAUUACUUCUAACACCUACAUGAUCUGAUGUAUUGAAUUUCCUCUGCAUACACAGACACUCACUGACUCUUUCUUUCUUUCCUUCUUUUAUUUUAUUUUUUUUUACUGCACCAUCCAAAAAAAAAAAAAAACAUUACCGAGCAGCUAUUUUACCUUGGACAUCAUGAAGGGUUUUGUUUUGUGUUUCGUCUGAUCUUUGAGCCUCUUUUUGCUCUCGUUCCAGUCGCAAAAGGACUAUUUGAGAUUUUUCUAUUCGCCAUAUGAGAGUAUCAGGAACAAAGUGCACUUGCGCACAAGGGACCUUCAAUAGAAUGGGGGAAAAAAAAAAGACUAAUAAAUGUAAAUCUUUC